CGUCCGUAAAGUGCAGACCUACAAAAAAAAGUACAAAAAUAAUUAAAAUUCAUCUAAUAACAAAAAAAAAAUAUUAAAAAAUGUCUCACUCCGUUGUCAUUACAAGAACUACAACCACAACUUCCGGCAAUCCGGGGUUCAUGUAUAACAGCGGGUAUCUCAAAACGUUCCCGGGGCUCUUGAAAUUAGCGCAAUUGAUCUUAGGAGCAAUUUGCGUCGGAAUCGUAGCUUGGUAUUUCCGUACUCACUACAAUGGCACGCCCGAAUUGUUCUUCCUGCUGAUGACAACAACAUUCUUGAUCGGAACAUUUUGUCUGCUGCUAUCGUGUCUCGUUUCAUGGAGCACCGGAGGCAUCAUUUCCAAAACAAUUUAUGAACUCAUUUACCACGCAGUGGCUUUCCUCUUGCUCCUCAUCGCCUCCAUCAUUCUCUUGGUCGAAGUCACAAACUACAGAUUCGGCAGCAACUUGAAAGAGGCGUACUUGGCAGCAUCCAUUAUUGGCAUCGUUAAUGCUGGAUUGUACUUAAUAAGUGCUCUCAUGGCAAAUCGUCAUUACAGAGGUCUCUAAACGCCAAGAAAAUAAAAAAAAUUAAAAGAGUAUUUAGAUGUUAGAGCAAUAUUUAUACUAAUACUCACUUGUCUAUCGCUUUAAUUGUGUAAGAAACUUAAAAAAAAUACAAAUUUGGAGAUUAUAAUGUAAAGUCACGAUCAAUUUUUUAGUUGAAUUUGAGAAUUUUUUGAAAAAUUUAUCUUUUUGAUACAAACAAACAACAACUUGAAUUUACUAUAUGAACAUUUUACAGAUAUUUACAACUAAUAAAGAUAUUUUUAUUUAUAAA